AUGAAUAAUGAAACAAAUAAUGAUAAUAAUGACUUUGAAGAUUUAAAAUCAUUGGAAAGUUUUAAUAAAUUUAUAAGUAGUCAAAAAAAUGUAUAUAGCAAAGAAGAAGAUGAAAUUAAUAUAAAUAAUAAUAAUAAUAAUAAUAAUAAUAAAAAUAAUAAUAAUGUAAAUAAUAUAAAUAUAAAAAAUAAUAAUAAUAGUAUUAAUAAUAAUAAUAAUAUUAGUAGUGAGGAUUUUGUAUCGAAACAUGGCAGAUUAAAAGGUUUAGUAUUACCAAAAGAGAUUACAGAUUUUAUGGAGAAAUUUGAAAAAAAUAGAAGAGAACAAAUCGAAAAGCCAAAUUUAGAUAAACCAUAUAUUAUAGAACCACCUAAAAGAGUUAAAGAAUUACUUUCAAAAGUCUUAAAAGAAAAUCAUUUAGUAGGAGAAAAUGAUGAUCUCGAUGACCCAUUAGCUUUAUAUCCAGAUGACCAUUAUGAUGAAGAAUUGGUUUUGGAUGAAGAAGUUAUUAAUCAACAAGAAGGUCAUAUUGGAGCAGUUUCCACCACCAUUCCUAUAGCAGAAUCAGAAUCAAAUGAAAUAUCAAUAUUAGAAAAUUUGUAUAAUAUAAAACCAUCAAUUAGAACCAAUUUAUUAGACCACAAUUUAGAUUUUGAUAAACUAUUAAGUAUUAAUAGAGAAUAUCAGCAAUUUAUAGAAACAUAUUUAAAAAAAAUUGAAGAACAACAAAUCAAAACUAAAAAAUUAAUAAGAUUAGCCAAAGAAUAUAAAAACAAAACUCCAGACUCAUUAAAACAAAAACCAACAUCAAGCAAUAUCUAUAAUCAGGAAAAAAAGGCUGGUGUGCCAUAUUUUUCAUUCGAAGUAACUGUAGAUGAUGUAGUUCAAACUAAUUAUCCUGCUGAUAACCCAGAUUCUGAAACCAUUAGAGAAACAAAAAAUAAUAUGCCACUGUACUUUAAAACUAGAAAAUGGACCAAAAAAGAAAUUAAUCUUUUGGCCAAGGGUGUUAGAGAAAAAAAUUUACAAAAGAAACUAUUUAGAUUAUCCGAGUCCAAGCUAUCAAAAGCAGAGUAUGAAAAAAGCUUAAAAGAAAUCGACAAUAAUGACACCCAAGAGGAUGCAAAUAUUAGUAUGGAUGUGUUUGGCCAAAUUUGUUUAGAGAGCUUAACUCGUUCACCAUUGGAGGCCUACCUAAGAUGGAAGAACAUCGACAAUCCAAAGAUUAAUAAGAAACCAUUUACAAAAGAGGAGGAUAAAAAGCUUUUAUUUUUAGCAGAAAGAAAUAAUGGUACCGAUUGGAUUCAAAUUGCUCAAGAACUGGGUACAGAAAGAACACCCCUAUCAUGUAUGCAAAGAUAUCAAAGAAGUCUUAAUAGCAAAAUGAUGAAAAAAGAGUGGACUAUCGAAGAGGAUACCUUAUUAACCAAAGCAGUUCAAUUACACAGCCAAGGUGAUAAAGUUGAUUGGCAAGAGGUCGCUGAAUAUAUCGAAGGUAGAACAGGUCAUCAAUGUCUUCAUCGUUGGCAAAAAACAUUAGAUCCUGGUAUUAGAAGAGGUCGUUGGUCACCUGAUGAGGAUAAAUUACUCGUCAAAGCAGUUGAGGCAUAUGGAAAAGGAAGUUGGAUUUUAAUUAAAAACCAUGUACCAGGUAGAACCGAUGUUCAAUGCCGUGAACGUUAUUGUAAUGUAUUAGAUCCACAGCUAGAUAAAAAUAGAUGGACCCCUGCAGAGGAUGAACGUUUAAAGAACUUUACAAAUGAAGUUGGUCUUGGUAAAUGGUCCGAAAUUUCAAAACUAAUGGGUAAUCGUACUGAUAAUCAGUGUUGGAGACGUUGGAAACAAUUAAAUAAAUCAACUCCCUUAUUAAAAGACUACCAAGCUAAAGUAUCAAAAAAGAAAAAAGUAAUUGUUUCAAAUUUCUCUGGCCGUAGAAAAGAAAGAUCAGAGCUUACUCUUGACGAUAUUGAAGAAAUUGAAGAAAAAAUUAAAAAAACAAAAACCUCACAUCCUAAUAAUAAUAACCACAAUAAUAACAGUUUAACUCCAUAUACCACAACCACAACCACUACCACAACCACAACCACCAAUACACCCGCAUCAACCUCGAACUCAACCUCAGCCUCAAUUAAUAUGUGUGUUUCAAAAUGUAACCCAUCUGCUUGGAAUCGUUCAACCCCAAGCGAUUUUGAUGACCCAUGUUGUGAAGACGAUAACUAUGACGACGAGUUACUAAUUAAAUAA